AUGACAAAUAUACAUGCCCUUGUGAACACAGCAGGAUCACUGCACCCAUCCUCUUUCAUUUCCUAUGCUCUGGUUCCUGGCCAUGGCACAUGCACCUGCGGUCAUUGUGUUUGUGAGAAAGGAUGGUUUGGCAAACUCUGCCAACACCCACAGAAGUGUAACAUGACAGAAGAACAAAGCAAGAGUUUGUGUGAGUCAGCAGAUGGCACAUUGUGCUCAGGGAAGGGUUCUUGCCAUUGUGGAAAGUGCAUAUGCUCUGCAGAGGAGUGGUAUAUUUCAGGGGAGUUUUGUGACUGUGAUGACAGAGACUGUGACAAACACGAUGGUCUCAUUUGUACAGGGAAUGGAAUCUGUAACUGUGGAAACUGUGAAUGCUGGGAUGGAUGGAAUGGAAACGCAUGUGAGAUCUGGCUUGGCACUGAAUAUCCUUAAUGAUUCCGUGGGAGACAACUGGAUUCUCAUUUCUAGGCCAUUUUAGAAAUUUAAAGGAAAGCAUGUGUAAACAGCACAAGGACAGACUAUUGUGUGUUUUUCUAUUUCUGACUGCCUGAGGGAAACAUGGGUCUUCACUAGAAAUGACUUCAGCGAUGUAAAUUAUACCACAGAGAACUGUCCCCCCCCAUAGUAAUUAACACCAGUGUUUCACAACUGAGGAGGGCCCUUUUGCAACCCACAAGACAUUUGGCAAUGUCUACAGAGAAUUUGGUUGUCAGACUGGGUAGGGUAUGGGUGCUUGUGCUAUGGGCACUUUAGAUACAGUGACCACAGACAAUGCUGAAUACCCUAUAGAAUAUAGAAAGGUCCUCACAGCAAAGUAUUUUCUGACAUCCAAAGUUUGCUAAUAUGUAGCAGAAAAAAAAUGCUUAAUCACAUGGUAAUUAGGACUCCACAUUCCGACAGAAGGAACACUGUAUCAGAAUAUAAGGAUGAUAUUUAUUCUCACAUAAACCAAUCAUUUGGAUUCUUUCAGGAUUCCAUAUGACUCUGAAUUUGUAUAAUGGGACAAUGAUAACAGAUACAUAUGAUGUGUGGUAAUGGGCUGAGGUUUACCAGGUCAAAGGGGCUUUAAACUCACAAGAAUCUCUUACAGGAAGAAAUGAAAAAUGUACAAUUUGACAUUUUAAUAAAU